AUGCCUUUCAAGUUGAAACUGAAGAAGACUCGGCAGUACAAUGUAGCGUCAAAGAGUUUGUUUGUUAUUAGUGUGGAGUUGUUAGACGGUGGUGUAGCAGAUUGUACGCUGUCUGUGGACAGCUCAGGGCAGGAGUGUCUCGAUAACGUGUGUCAGAGGCAGGCGAUAAACCAGCCAGAGUUCUUCGGUCUCCGCUACAUAGAUAGGAACCAGCAACCACGAUGGGUGCAAUUGGAUCGGCCACUGAAACGCCAAUUGGACAAAUACGCCUCUUCCCACCAAUUGUAUUUAAGAGUGAUGUAUUAUGUGAUAUCUGGCACGAGUUUGAUCACAGAUGAGGUUACCCGCUAUCAUUACUUCUUGCAACUAAAGAAUGACUUGGUAGAGGGUCGGAUCAUAUGUGAUUGUCAGCAGGCAGUCCUCUUAGCUUCAUACAGUAGACAAGCCGAGUAUGGUAACCAUGACAGGGAGAGACAUACUGUGGAAUAUUUGAAGAAUUUGCUGACAUUUCCAAAGCAAAUCCUAGAUGGAGGCCAAAUAAUUGAUGGCAGCAAUUUGGCAGAGUCAGGAAAGCUAGAAUAUCUGACAGCCGCAGUGAUACAGCACCAUAUGGCACUGCACAAUAUGUCACAGGCUCAAGCGGAGGAGGGUUUCAUCACCACCUGCCAGCAGCUGCGCGGUUACGGGCAGGAGAUGUUCGGCGCGCGCGACCAGCGGGACGGAGGCGAGGUCACUAUCGCCAUCUCGCUCACGGGCAUACGCAUCCUGCCGGAGAACACUGACACCACGCACUUUUACAGAUGGAUGGAUAUAACAAACGUGAUCAACCACAAGCGCACAUUCAGCAUCGAAUGCUGUCGCCAGAACGACUCGGCGUCGUUCUUGCUGCCCAGCCCCGACGACGGGAAGUAUGUGUGGCGUAUGUGCAUCCAGCAGCACACAUUCUACAUGCGCCACCAGCGGCCUCUGACGGACCAAUCGUACCAACACUCCAGGCCCAAGUUCCAGGAGCACGGCCUAUCAGAGAGUCGCGAGGAGCUGGACUCCCGCGAAGGUCGGGAUGCCGGCAGCACCACCAGACUGCAGCCCCUGACCCCGGCUCACCGCGCCCACUCCACCUCCUGCCUGGAGCUGAGCGACCAGCAGCCUCACAACAACAGAGCGUUACUACCUCAAUACAGACCCGCGCCAGACUACGAGACGGCCAUACAACAGAAAUACCAACAGCAACGAGCCGAGGCUCAACUGCGUUACCAGAGCCAUUCCCCCGCAAAACCCGCGUACGGCUCCCAACCCGACAUACACCGCCAUUACGACGACUACUACGCCCUUAACUACCUCAACUACCCCUUCGCGGUCAACCCCAACGUCCAGCCCGAGAUCACCCCCCAAAUGCACUACGUCAACGUCUACAAACCCCCACCCCCCUACCCUUCCAACGGCCUAGCUUCGAAUUCAACCCCAGACCUGGCCGUCGCAAGCCAAGCCUUAAAUUACCACCGAGGUUACAUAAACUCCCACGUCUCCGGGUCCAGUCCUGAUCUAGUCUCGACUCGAACAGCUCUGAACAGACAAUACUUAGGCCUCCUAACAGGCAGUCACAACGUCAUCAACUACGCCAGACCUAACGUGAUGCCCACCCAUGGCACUUACAACAACUUGGCCUCAGUUCUGGAACCAAACCCGCAUAUAAUCAUAGACCCGCACCACAUAUCCGAUAACAUACAGAAGGUUUACGACGAAAGAGGGAAUAUCAUGUACUCGAUGCCCAUACAUAGGCCUUACCAACGACACAUAGUGCUGCCGCAGACUCAACAGAUCAAAUUGAACGAUACUCAAGAGCCGAUUUACGAGAACGUCCCUUUACCGUGGCACAGCGAUAAGGUCACGAUGAGAGAUCGGGCUCAAAGCCUCACCACGACGGACGAAAUCGCGAGGCUCAACGAAAGAAACAGCAGCCAUCCGAACAUAAACAGAUACGGGAAUCUCAAACAAACCUCGCACGUUCCGAACUACCUGAUAACGAAACAGGAUAACCCCGAUGGCCACUACGUUAACGCGCAAAUAAUCAAAGGCGUGAGAGAAUCCAGUGUGCCAAAAGACGAUCGAUCGUCUAACCGAUCGACGGAGAAGCCGGAGUUCGAAAACAUAGCUCUCCCUGUCGAGAAACUAUCGUUGAAGGACGACGAAACCCCGUACCAGAGUCUGUCGACUAGGGUGUCGAAUAACAACACGAUAAGCAAGGAGAACGUUACGUCGAUAACGAUAGAUCAGUCGACCGCGAGCCACGGCGUCAGCAUGUCCGAUAGUUCGACGAUCAACGUCACAGAUGAUUCUAAGAAUAAUGUGAGCGGGAAGGAGAAGAAGAGGAGAAGAUGGGGGGUGUUCAUGGGGAGGGGGGUGAAGGCGGAAGUGAGGAGCGCUACGUUAGGCCGAGACAGGGCCAAACCUGCCCCUCAGCCGACCAAUAAACACAGGUGGUCUACUGGCUUACCGAAGUUCCAACCGCUACCACCGAGCAUUACCAAAGAAACAUUGUGCCAAUUAUUAGAAAGGAAGAUGUCCGACGACCAGAUCUCGUUCGCUUUCGAACGGUUGCCCAAGGGCAGGGAGAGGGGGGGCUCCGUGCAGACGGGCCUGUUGCCCCAACACGCGGCCCUCAACGGGUACUCCGGGGACAGCCUGCCCUACGACGACAACCGGGUCAGGCUCAAACCGACGCCCCACAACCCGCACGGGUAUAUCAACGCGUCACAUGUUACGAUGACGGUGGGCAGCUCGCAGCGGUUCUACGUAGUGAUCAAGGUCGGGGCGGGCGACUCCCGAGUAUCGGGGGUAAACAGUGGGGUAAACAGCGGGGUAGGGAGUGGGGCAGGGGGUAGUUGUUCGUGCGGGUGCAGCGGGGUGUGGGAGUGCGCGUGGCAGGUGGGGGCCCGCCUGCUGGCGCUGGUGGGGAAUGAGGACCACCCGCACUAUCUACCCAGGGACAAUACCACUGUGCAUAUGGGAGAGUUCCAGCUUUCGUGUAGAUCUUGGUCGGAAGCCGCUUGGGGUGUGACGGCCCGGGUCAGGGUUCGAUACGGGGGUCGGAGCAGGGAGCUGUGGCACGUGUCCUAUAGGAACUGGCCUUCUUCCGCGCCUUGUCCUGAUCAUGCUGCCGAUUUCCUAGCGUUUCUGUCCGAAGUGAACAGCCUCCGAGUGGCUUGCGAGAGUGAAGGUAGCUCCACGUGGCCGCUCGUGUUGUGCGGGACGCGCGUCUCCCGCGCGGGAGCCGCGCUCGCCGCUCAUUUGCUGCUGCACAUACUGGACCAUAAUCAGGAACUGGACAUCCCCCGCACCAUUGGACUUCUGCAUGAGCAACGAGCUGGCUUAGUGGAUUCCCUGCCAUUAUACCGCUUCCUGCAUCAACUACUACUCACAUAUCUCAAACACACGCGGCUUAUAUGA